UUCCACGCGCUACGGGGUGUCGGGAAAUCCAACGACACGCCGCGCUGCACGAAGAGAGUUGAAAAAUCGAAUACCGGCAUAUGCGAUGUUCAAAUAGUUCUCGUGGAGAUGACAACGGAUCCGAUCCAGAUCUGGCGUGAAGUGACAUCUGAAACCAGCGAAACCGUUUAGAUUCUAUGCUCUCCAAAUUUUCAUGUAAUUCCAGUAUACGUUCGUCAUGCCAAAAUGUUUGGACUUAAUUUCCGGCGAAAUUUAGAGUCACUGCAUUCAGCGUUUGCCAAAUUCAUGCCGAAGAAACACCUCAGCGCGUGCGGCGGUUUGAAGUACAUACGCGAACCUCUGCAACCGUUGAAACGAUGUCCACGAUGGGUUUGCGUGGAAGACGCAGUGAAAAUUAUAAAUUCAGAGCAUUUGGUUUUCAUACAAGGAGGUGCAGCGACGCCUAACGAAUUGAUACGUGCCAUGACGGAGCAUGGUGUCUGCAACAAUCUCCGCGGGGUGCGAUUGAUUCACAUGGGCCUCGAAGGAGACGCACCGUUCUCGAGUCCUGAAUUUGAGAAACACUUUAGAUCCAUAAGCUUUUACAUUGGAGCGAACGUCAGGGAAGCCGUGAACGAAGGUCGUGCGGAUUACAUUCCAAUAUUCCUCCACGAAGUGCCGAAAUUAUUCUACGAGAAAAGAAUCGUCCCGGACGUUGCACUGAUACACGUCAGCGUGCCGGAUGCGCGCGGCUUCUGUUCCCUGGGUGUGAGCGUGGACUGCACCCGAGCAGCUCUCAGUUCGGCCAAAGUGAUAGUUGCCCAGGUCAAUGAACACAUGCCGAGAUCAUUCGGGGACACUGUCAUUCAUUGUAGCCACAUCGACUGGGCUGUGAAGUACGAUUGCCCCUUGCCAUGUGUGGCGAGUACUCCGCCGAAUGAAAUUGAGGCGGAGAUUGGCAAGAUCAUAGCGCAAAGGCUGGUGGACGAUGGGGCCACUUUGCAGCUCGGUAUAGGCAACAUCCCUGACGCUGUCCUCUGUUCUCUUGGAAACCACAAAGACCUCGGUGUUCACACGGAGAUCAUGGGCGACACGAUGGUAGACCUCGCGGAACGUGGAAAUAUUACCAAUAAAAUGAAACCUAAGCACAGAGGACGCAUGGUUAGUUCCUUGGCAAUCGGUACCAAAAGGGUAUACGACUUUGUGCAUAAUAAUCCGUUCGUAGGUGCGUCUAUCAUGUUCCGCAGCCUUUGCACACGUUCCUCGUUCUAUCUUGUAAAUGAUCUGGAAUGCUUCGUUUCUACAGAAAUGCUGACAAUUAAUUAUGUAAACGAUCCUCGGGUAAUAUCUCAACAACCGAAAAUGACGGCUAUUAAUUCCUGCAUAGAAAUGGAUAUUACUGGCCAAAUCUGUUCGGACAGUUUAGGGUGUAAGAUGUACUCCGGUUUCGGCGGACAACUCGACUUCAUUCGGGGCGCUGCAUUGGGCCAAGACGGUCGGGGGAAAGCUGUGAUCGCGUUUCCCUCGGUUACCAGCAAGGGCGAAAGUAAAAUCCAGCCUGUACUUAAAGUUGGUGGUGGAGUUGUAGUGACAAGAGCGCAUGCACAUUAUAUUGUAACAGAGCAUGGGAUAGCACAACUUUUUGGCAAGACGUUGCGUCAAAGAGCUAAUGCGUUGAUUCAGAUUGCCCAUCCCGACCACAGAGAGUGUCUCGAGAAGGCUGCAUACGAAAGACUUAAAAGUAAUCCAACAAAGUAUUUAUAGUUCGCAUGUACAAACGUGUAAGCUGCACAUUACAGGAUGCAUUGCCCAGAAACUAGAUCUCACCGUUUCAAUAUUUCAAGUGUAAGUUGCUAAAUUUUAUUGCUAUAUAAUUUGUAAUGUAAAAUGUUCUUUUAUACUCUAUUUAAGGAAACAGUUAUACACGCAUUUUGAAUAAUUUAAUUUAAAAGACAUGUAUACAAA